UCUCUCUCUCUCUCUCUCUCUCUCUCUCUAUGCCCCUCUGUUACCUUUUGGGCUCUCCACUCUACUACGUCGUCUCCUCCAAACCCCGAUUCCGCUCCCCCCUCAGAGGCUUCUUCGCUCUUCGCACCAUGUCCUUUCGCCCCAACUACCAGGGCGGCCGCAGAGGCGGCGGCGGCAGGGGCGGCGGCGGCGGCGGAAGGGGAGGCGGCGGCGGCGGAAGGGGCGGCGGCGAACAGAGGUGGUGGGAUCCGCAGUGGAGAGCCGAGCGCCUCCGCCAAAUGGCCGGAGAGGUCGAAAAGCUGGAUGAGACUGAAUGGUGGAACAAGAUAAAGCAAUUGAAAGAAGGUGGACAGCAGGAGCUGAUAGUUAAGCGGAAUUUUGGGCGGGAUGGUCAAAAUACUCUUGCAGAUAUGGCACAGAGACAAGGCCUCUACUUUCAUGCGUACAACAAAGGGAAGACGCUUGUUUUCAGCAAAGUGCCACUGCCAGACUACAGGGCUGAUCUUGAUGAACGGCACGGAUCAACGCAGAAAGAGAUUAAGAUGUCGACAGAGACUGAAAGAAGAGUUGAAAAUCUUCUGACUAGAUCAAAAGAAGCAUUGACAAUAAACGAUUCUGCUGGCCCAUCUGCUCCCUCAGGAAAACAGUCUUUUCCUGGCACAUCUACCACUGAAUCUGACUCAACAUCAAAAGUUGAUAAGCAGAGGUUCAGUGCCCAGCUUAGGGACCUCCAGAACUCAAAGAAGGCAUCACCAAGUGCAAGGGCAAUGCAGUCCUUUAGAGAAAAGUUACCUGCGUACAGAGUAAAAGAUGACUUUUUGAAAGCUGUGGCAGCCAAUCAGGUACUGGUCAUUUCUGGUGAAACGGGUUGUGGCAAAACUACACAGUUACCCCAAUUCAUAUUGGAGGAGGAGAUAGAGAAUCUUCGUGGAGCUGAUUGCAGCAUAAUAUGUACUCAGCCUCGCCGUAUAUCAGCGAUUUCUGUUGCAGCACGAAUAGCUUCUGAAAGGGGUGAAAAUCUUGGAGAAACUGUGGGCUACCAGAUCCGCUUGGAAGCAAAACGUUCUGCACAAACACGACUUUUGUUCUGCACAACUGGAGUAUUGCUUCGGAGGCUGGUCCAGGAGCCAGAUUUAAGCGGUGUAAGCCAUUUACUAGUGGAUGAAAUUCAUGAGAGGGGCAUGAACGAGGACUUCCUCAUCAUUAUCUUGCGUGACCUCCUGCCACAACGCCCGGACCUUCGUCUUAUAUUGAUGAGUGCAACUAUAAAUGCAGACCUCUUCUCUAAGUACUUUGGGAACGCUCCAAUUAUCCAUAUUCCGGGGUUUACUUUUCCUGUAGCUGAACUGUUUCUAGAAGAUGUUCUAGAAAAAACUCGGUACAAGAUUAAUUCAGAAUUUGAUGAUUAUCGAGGGAGCUCAAGAAGAAGAAGACAGCAGUCAACAAAAAGCGACCCAUUGACUGAAAUAUUUGAGGAUGUUGAUAUUGAUAGCCAGUACAAGAGCUAUAGCACUUCUACAAGGCAAUCUCUUGAAGCUUGGUCUGGCACUCAACUAGAUUUAGGACUUGUGGAAAGUACAAUCGAGCACAUCUGUCGCCAUGAAGGGGACGGUGCAAUCCUCGUGUUUCUCACAGGUUGGGAUGAAAUCUCUAAGCUUCUUGACAAGAUUAAGGAAAACAAUUUCCUUGGAAAUUCUAGCAAAUUUCUAGUCCUUCCUUUGCAUGGGUCCAUGCCAACUGUCAAUCAGCGGGAGAUUUUUGAUAGACCACCAAGUAAUAUGAGAAAAAUUGUGCUUGCUACGAAUAUUGCAGAAAGUAGUAUUACUAUUGAUGAUGUUGUGUACGUUAUUGACUGUGGAAAGGCAAAGGAAACGAGUUAUGAUGCCCUAAAUAAGCUGGCAUGCUUGUUACCAUCAUGGAUAUCCAAAGCUUCUGCACAUCAGAGGAGGGGCCGUGCUGGGCGUGUUCAACCAGGUGUUUGCUACAGAUUAUACCCAAAAGUUAUUCACGAUGCCAUGCCGCAAUAUCAAUUGCCUGAAAUUCUUCGAACUCCUUUGCAAGAAUUAUGCCUUAAUAUUAAAAGCUUACAACUCGGAGCAGUUGCGUCCUUUUUAGCGAAGGCCCUCCAACCUCCUGACCCGCUUGCUGUUAAAAAUGCAAUUGAACUUCUCAAAACUAUCGGGGUACUAGAUGACAUGGAGGAACUUACUCCUCUUGGUCGACAUCUCUGCACGCUGCCUUUGGAUCCAAAUAUCGGAAAGAUGCUACUUAUGGGAUGUAUUUUUCAGUGUUUAGGUCCGGCUUUGACAAUUGCUGCUGCUCUCGCACAUAGAGACCCAUUUGUUCUGCCAAUAAAUAGGAAAGAAGAAGCUGACGCUGCAAAAAGAUCGUUUGCUGAUGAUUCCUACAGUGAUCAUAUUGCUCUUUUAAAGGCUUUUGAAGCUUGGAAGGAUGCAAAACGUAGUGGAAGAGAUCGUGCUUUUUGUUGGCAAAACUUUUUAUCCCCCAUAACACUCCAGAUGAUGGACGACAUGAGAAAUCAGUUUAUUGAUCUAUUAUCCGACAUUGGUUUUGUGAACAAGGCUAGAGGACUUAAGGAUUAUAAUCAUUAUGGAAAUGAUUUAGAAAUGGUAUGUGCCGUCCUAUGUGCUGGGCUAUACCCUAAUGUGAUCCAGUGCAAAAGAAGGGGGAAGAGGACAGCUUUCUACAGUAAAGAAGUUGGAAAAGUCGACAUUCACCCAUCAUCUGUGAAUGCCGGGGUCCACGAAUUUCCUUUGCCAUACAUGGUUUAUAGUGAGAAGGUGAAGACUGCAAGCAUUUAUAUCAGAGACUCUACUAAUAUUUCAGAUUACGCUUUGCUACUUUUUGGCGGCGCACUUAUUCCGAGCAAAACUGGGGAUGGCAUCGAGAUGUUAGGUGGCUACCUUCAUUUCUCUGCGCCGAAGAGUGUUAUACAACUCAUUCAGAGGUUGAGAGGGGAAUUGGACAAGCUCCUCCAGAGGAAAAUCGUUGAGCCAGGACUCGACAUCCCCGCGGAGGGAAAGGAUGUUGUUGCUGCAGCUGUGGAAUUGUUGCAUAGCCAGAACAUUUACCACUAAAACCAUCGAGAAUUCAAAUUUUUUUUUUUCAGAGGACUAUUUAUACAAGCUUCAGUGAAUUUUUGUGCCAUGCAUCAAUUGUUGUACAAAGUUUGAUUUUUCGUUUUUCUUUCUUUGAUUUACGCAUGCAAAUGAAACAGCAAGGUUAAGUGGUCAAGAUUAACAACAAAGAAAUUAGUUUAGUUUGAUA